AGCUAUAAAUAUACUUAUAUUGUUGCUUGGUGUCACCGUAUUAAUACUUAAAUUAUGUUUUUAUUCACUGUAUUUUACUAAUUUGUGUUUUGGUGCUAUCUAACAAAUUUUAAGUGUUGCGUUUUGCUAUAAUAUUAACAUUUUGUUCCUAUAUCAAUUUGAUUUAUACCUGCAUUACCUAAAUAUGUAUGUCUUUGGCGAUUGCUAAGUUAUUGGUACCGACAGCCAAGCUUUUCGAAUUGUCCAUAACGACUCCUAACAUUCCUAUUGCGGCAAUCGGAUAAAUUUGUCAAUAUAGGAUGCUUGUAUUAACCGAUAACUCUUUACAUGGGCUACUAGAAUACAAUGAGUCAUCCUCUCUCUCGCAGGUACAAGAACGGUUACUAUAUCCGGCAAUUAUACUUUUUGAAACUAAACUGCAAACUCGCAAAUCUAGAUACUCUUGCAAGGCCAAGUACAUGUAUCUUCAUAAAAGUUCAAGUUUAUAAAAAAGAAUGUAUCUAGCCAGUUUUAGAUGCCUAUUUUUUAACUUUACUGGUAUUGGCGGUUCAAAUCCUGUCUCUUCAUUUAGAUUCUCUCUGUCUUAGCUGCUUUGACAGGUGUCUUUUCUUCCCCUUGUCAAAACUUGUAAACAACCUAGCUUGCAUAUUUUUGUCUAACGUUCUGUGUUUAGAUUUUUACUACUUAGCAUGAGCGCAGAUUGACCGACCAGUGCAGGAUAUUGCCCACUUGUUGAGGUCCUUCUUAAGAUUUCAAGGUGUCCGACAAGGUUGCCUUGUUUGAAUUUAAUUUUCCUAUGUAGCAUGAGCGCUUGCGUUGCUGCUUCCUUUGUAUUGCCGCACGAAGAGGUUUACGAUUGAGUGGGGUUCCAUACCUGCAGUGGGUGUUGUUUUCCUUCCCCUUUGUUUCUCUCAAGUGUUUUGUUUUGCUUAGGUCUUAAAAGUACCCACGACCGUUAGGCUAAUAUUAACGCAGCAACCAGAUAAAUCCCCCCUUACUCGAAAUUUUUUUGGGUAUUCGACAAACACCUACAGUACUUGAAGAGACGACACGAUAUUGGUUAGACUUUUGAAAGAAAAAUACACUCUUGCAUGCUUUUCCGCAUUUUUUUAAUUUCAAUAGCAGACAUACACAUAUAUGUAUGUAUGUAUAUUUUUCUCUUUCCUAUCACUUUGCUGAAGAACUGGUUUAUACAUCUUUUCUGCUAAUUCAAUAAGAAUUGUUAACAAUACUUUUUAAAUUCAUUGUAUAAAAAAAGAAAAAACUUGCCUCUUAAACAAUUUCAAUUCGUAGAUAACCUCAAUACUCCAUGCUCUCCUAAAUGUUUCUUAAACUCUUGUAAAUGCCGUUAACAGUGCACCUAGCCGUGCAAUGGUGUUUUAUUUAUUUUAUCACCGCUUGCUAUUGUUAAAGGCUUCACUUAUUAGAUAUGUACAUCUGUAUACAUAUGUAUGUAUUUAUUAAAAACAUUUACUUUUCGUUUAUUCGCUUAAAAUUGGGUGUCAUAAAAAAUUUUAACUGGUAAUUUGUUACUUUCUCGCUGCAAAAUUAAUAUUUAUUACAUUAAAAAAAGGAUUAAGUUAAAAUAUCAACCCAAUUAAGACGUAAAACCGAUAUUAAAAAAUUUUUCUUUAAACGUAAAACGUUUUCAAAAAGUUCAAAUGCCGAGGUAAGUACAAAAAAAAAACAGCUGGAAGGCCGUAGCUGCUCUGAGACCAUAUGACUAAACGGAACAAAUUGCUAUUCCAAGUUUAGGAUUUUUGCGAAUUAAAUUUCAUUUUAGAACUCAAAAAAUACAAAUUUUUAACUCGCUAGUUAUAAGCUGUACAAAUGUACGAAAAUAAAAGUUUGCUAAUUACCCUACUGAUGCUACUAAUACAGGAACUACGCUCCGUACAAAUUGAGGAUGAUGAAAUGGAAAUGUCCGAUGAUGAUCGCAACUACCAGGGUAGCAGCGCCAAGCGUACGCGUUACGAUGCUGAGAGUUUGAAGGAGGAGAACGACUCAUUACGCUGUCAGUUGGAAGCUUUACGCAGUGAAAUGUCACACGUACGCACUGAUAUCAAAUACGAUAAUGAUUAUCGUGAUAAGCAGAUCAAAGUGCUGCAGGAAACCAUACGCAAUAUGCAGACACAACUGUUGCAAACGAAAAUGCGGGAGCAAAAAGAUACCAAAACAAUCGUUCAGUUGGAGCGUAAACUCAAGGAGGCUGGCGUAAAGCAGCUGCUGUUAAAAACUCGCAUCAAAGAAACUGCCAACAAGCGCAGAGAUCGAGAAACAGCGUCAGUUAACUCUGAAGCAAGCGAAAUAAUAACUAACGAAGCAGCGGAUGCUGAUGACGAAGACGAUGAUGAUGAUGAUGAUGAUGAUGUGGAAGAGGUGGAAAUAAGUGAAGAAAUGUCAAACAAGUCAAAGCACACCGACAAGGAGCGCCGCGAGAAUGCAAAUGGUGUGCACAAAAGUUCAAGAAAUUCAACGCAACCGGAGUCAAAACACAUACAAGUGAUCGAUAUUGAUGAUGAAGUGAAUAUUAUUGAAGAUCAGAAUGAUGUUGUGGAGAUACAUGAAACUGAUGAGGAUGAGAAAACUGCCGAAGGUAACGAGUGGAAUGACAUAGAUGAGAGGCAAGCGCAGAAAAGUAAUAGCACGCAGAACGUUCAAGCGGAUAAAAUUGAGGAGAAUGAAGAGCUGCAGCAAUGUGCUAAAAGUGAUGGUGAUACCAAUAAUUUGGAAAUUGGUGAAGAGAAAGAGAGCACAGUGCCAGUAGAAACAAAAUUAAUGGAGGAUUCUAAAGAAAUUGAGCCUAAAUACUUGCCAUUUGUGGAAGCCCAAAUUAUUGCCCUAAUCGCUGCCUACUUGAUAGUGCAUCCCUUUGGCGUCAGCACCGAGUCAAUUUGUGUCUACCUACGACAAUCUAUGAAAACGCUAGACCUACAGGUCCUAACUUUAGAACAAAUACUCACAACCUAUACGAAUCUCUUCAAAAUGGAAUGUCAGACAGCAGGUGGAGGGGAUGACGAAACUAAAGUGCAAUGGAAGUUUUGUGGAUUUACAGAAGCUAACGAUGUAUUUAAGGAGGAAAACGAAACAGCCAACGCAAAAAAUGGGGAUUAGAGAAAAUAGAAAUGGCAAAUUCUAACGUAAGAAUCUUGGACUCCCUACUGGCUAAUUAAAUAACUUGAUAAGCAUUUUUUUAUUGCAAAUGUAUGUACAUAUACAUAUUACAUAAAUAACAAUUAUUCACAAAUGCAACAUCGAUUUUAAUUCAUAGAUUUUAAUACAUAAUUCAAUGUUAAUUGGAGCUGAUUGAAUGAGUUUUAAUUACAUUAAAAAAAUGAAUCUUAAAAAUG